CAUGGCCCGCGCACAGGAUCUUGACCAGGCCCUUUUAGCGAUCUCCCGGGACAUACCUCCAGACUGGCAGCCGGAAAAGCGGAUUCUGCGGUACCCCUUGCCCCAUGUGUAUGGCCAGGAAUGGACUUCUAUCGUGAUUGUCAUGCCACUCAGGCCUGGAAUGUCGUGCGGCAGGUUCGCAUUCAGCCGAGCGAGUAUCUCCUAGACUCUUAUGAGACGUUGAACGCAAUCCACGGAGUCAACCAGCUCGCUGCAUCUGAAGCUGCCUUGAGUAAUAUUGCAUCACUGUCGCUCGAGGUAUAUGCCUCCGUUCCGCAAUAUGCAAGCUAUGCCUGCCGAUCAAAACGCAGCCAAGGACAGGCAGAUAACACAGAUCUCUCCGUUGUCCCGCAGAAGGACUGCAACAAAGUGCAUACGCCGUCCGAGCUCCUCGACUGCUACACUCUUAUAUUUCCUAUGUAUAUUGCCGCUCGAUCUAAGGCUGCCACGGUCGAUCAGAGACAGUGGGUCACGUACAUGCUCCGUUAUAUCAGUGAUCACUUUGGCAUUCGCAAUGCCUUGCUACUGGCACAAUUACUCGACCAGAACAGCGAUAUUAGCCCUUAGUGCAUUUAUGCUAUGCUAGGGGGAUACGGAUUCGCCUCUUGAUCUCUGGCCGCCGAGCACAUGACUACAUAUUAGCAAGUCGACACAUUGUGCCGCACCUCACUCCGCCGUGCAGUUGAGUAUCUGGAGCUGCUGAAUGUAUCCAAGUCCAUCAGACUGCCCGGAAAAUCCUACGCCCUACGACAGUCAAGCGGAACCCAAAAGGCCAUGCAUAUCUAGUAGCUGGCAUCUUACAGGAAGAAGGCUACUCGGUGCUGUAAGUGCCUACGUGCU